GUUAGGGGCGGAGUCUUUAGAAUUUUCAAACUUCUUAGCAACCAAUGGGAGCUCGUUGGUGUUUGCUGACGUAAAUGCGUUUAUACACGAAAUGUUGUUGUGAACGGUACCGCGGUGAAAUUUCUUAGAGCGUUUGUGAAAAUUCUACGAACUAUAUUUUUGCUUUCUUUCACAAGACCUACAAAUAACAGUUUCUGGAUGCGAUUUCAUUUGCACAUUCUACAUAACGUUAGCAAGCUAUAGCUUUACAACUGUGAAAAUGUUAAACCCUCUGUCUUGAAACAAGUCUGGUUUUAAAGAACUGCUAAAACUGUUAAAACAGUCACUCUGCUAUUCAUAUGUUUGGGUUACAAAAUGUCCCUAGGAUUCUGUAAACUAAAUGGCAGGCCCUAUUUUCAUUUGCUAGAGUUAAAUAAAAUGGAAUUAUAUUGUAUUUUAAGAAAAAAUGGCAACUAACAACUCAAUAACAGGGGUGUCAAACUCAUUUUUCCCAGGGGUAUGCAUUCAAUCUUCAAGGAUGCUCCCUGACUGUCUAGUGAUUAUUAGUGAACUGGACAGUCAAGAAACGGUAUGACUAUAGUACCAUUAUCAUUUCUACACAGUUUCCAUUUGGUUUAAGUCAUUUUAAAGUAUAUUUUACUCAAACCACCCAAGGGCCAGAUUGGACCCACCUUUAAUAUGUUAAUGUUUCUCACUCACACACGCAUUCAGGAAGUGACUAUAGGUCCACAACAGCAUAUCUAUUUCCCCAUCAUGGCCAUUUGCAUCUCAGCUACAGCAAACCGGCCUUGUCUUGUCUUCUGUUGUCUUUCACAAGAGGAACAUGGUUCCAAUGGAGGCAAUGAGUGGGUUCCAGAAUGUUCUAGAACCCAGCCAAGACAAUGGAUGGAUCAUUCACUGUUUGGCCCACACCAUGGCUGAAGAUGUAGUACACUCAGCUACAUAUUACCUGUCCUCAUUCAUCUGUCUUCCAGUUAGGGAGAGAUCGGCUGAGAAGCUAGCCUCUCUGGCCAUCAUAGCUGCCUUUAAGGAAGCAGUUGGAAGUGAGAGCUUUUGGUCCAACAUACCCUCUUCAUUCAGCACAAGAUCUUUGUCCUAUUGCAAUGCCAGCUCACCCUCAGAUAGAAGGAAGACGGUUCUACACAGUACAAGACAAAGGGAGGUUCAUAUGGAUACAGAGAUGAGUGGGAAUGGUGAGACACAUCAAUUCAACGGGACCAUCAAGUACUAUUCCUCUGGACCCUCCAGCUCCACUCUCCGCCCCUCCAAGGGCACCCACUCCUCCGGCGAGGUCAGUUAUGAAGAGCGAAGACUCCACGGAAGGAGUGCCAAGCUGAUGACGUACGCAGAGGCGAUCUCUGAUGACAUCAUCACAUGGCUGAACAAUAACAUAACAAAUAUUGACGCUCUCUGUCUGUUAGCUGAUCAACUGUCUGAUGACAUCAUCACGUCGUUAUUAACUGAGGUGAGGUUGAGGGGGUAUGCUGGAAGGCUGGUCUCGGAUGUAUUCUCCCUGGGUUGGAGAGAGCUAAAGAUAGCCUCAGUCCAGGACACCCUGGUUCUACAUCCAACCACCAACUAUGCUGGAAGGCUGGUCUCCGGUGCACUCUCUCUGGCUAGAGCGGAGCUGAAGAGGGCCUCUCUCCAUGACUCCCUGGUUCUCCAACAGGAGCAGAAGGGGAGAGGGGAACCAAGUCCAAUGGACAAACGUUGACCUAAACACACCACUGUCUAUCCAUAUCCCUGUCUACCCACUCCCAGCCAGUCAUCCAGAAUCCAGCUCGGUUCACCCAAAACCUAUGAGUUGAAUUCAGAUCGGACCCCCAACAUGACAGCACACUCUUCAUCCCACUCUUCAUCCCAGUCACUCCGCUGUUGAGUGCUUGGCCUAAGCUGUGGUGAGGUGUUGUGGCAUAAGUGACAGGGCCCCUGGCCACUAGGUGGCCCCGACCCAUUUUCUGUAUGUUAAAACUGCAAAAAUGUCUCUUCACCUCAUGGCAAAAUGUGUAGAAUUGCAGAACACCUUCUUUAAAACUGCAAAAUGUCCUCUACUCCCCAUGGCCGAAUGUGUAGAAUUUCAGGAAAUUCACUUUAAAACUUAAAGUGUUCUCUCCGCCGUCAAGAGAGGGGGCCACAAAAAUGUUUUGCCCAUAAGGCCCACAAACAAAUCUAGCUUAGGGCCCCCAAAAGGCAGCAGUGUAUGUAGUUCAGUGGCCAUAUGUACUCUUUAUCUCCAGUGCAUCACUAGAGCUGAGCUCCUUGUCAUUCACAAUCUCUAUAUCAGGCGGUGUGUGAAAGGAAGGCCAGGAUAAUGGUUAGACUCCAGCCAUCCAAGCCAUAGACUGUUCUCUCUGUUUACGUUCUGUUUUACUUUACAGUACUACUCAUAUUGAUUACUGGUAAAGAGUUUCAAUAAAGGCAUUUCAAUGUACUUGUACACAUGACAAUAGAAACUAGAAAUAUUUUACACUCUAGGUUUCUUCCUAGGUUCCUGCCUUUCUAGGGAGUAUUUUCCUAGCCACCGUGCUUCUACAUCUGCAUUGCUUGCUGUUUGGGGUUUUAGGCUGGGUUUCUAUACAGCACUUUGAGAUAUCAGCUGAUGUAAGAAGGGCUUUAUAAAUACAUUUGAUUGAUUGAUUGACAUAGUUCUCCAGAGUGGUUGAACUACACUGAGUGGGAGGCCUGGUGGUAAUGACACAGAAUGACCACAAGAGGGCGCCAUCUCGGUAGUUAUUCAGCUCCUGCAGUAACUGUUGGAUAAGUGUUUUCAGAACUGAUGAGCUUGAUAUUCAUGAGUUAUAGCAUUGCUUAUGUAUAAUUGCUUGCUGACAAUAUUGCUUGCCACAAGGUUAGAGUUAGUGGUCAAAAUUGGACUAAAUUUAAUCCAUGAUCUUGAGCCAUAACCUGAACUUCAAACUAAACCUGGGAUUAAAUUGACUUUGUAUUUGUUUACUCACUGACGAUAUUACCACAAGGUUAGGGUUAAUGAUUCAAAUGAUUUAGCUCCAGGUCUCAGGGGCAACUUUGCAAAGUUGAUAGAACUUUAGAGUUUAAUAAGCUCAACCCAAAAUUAAAAGAUCAUUUAUUGUAGCGCUAUAUUUGCUUACUGACGAUGCAACACGGUUAGAGUUAGUGGUCGGACAAUGUUGUCAGAACUGAUGAGCUUGACGUAUAUGGGUUAUACAACAACCAAAAAUGAUAUUCUACAGUUUGGCUCAGAUUUGAUCCCUUUCAGGAUCAAAAUAAUAGUGUUGUCCUCUUCUGUUGUGUUUUGUACAUUUUACCCAUAAUGCUCAUUGACUUUACAUUCCAAAUCACUAAAGCCCUGGGCUCGG